UUUUGCCAGAGUCAUAGUGUCCACCAGGAAGUGAAAAGGUUUACAAUCUUUGAUUUUGUACAAAAAAUAGGUAUGCCAGUUUGUUUUGGAUUAUGACUAACACGUUAUAACCCGAGCAUACAUCGUUGUUGAUUUGCCCUUCUCAACAUGUAUAGCGGACUUUUACCGAAAGGUCUAACCGAUGCAGAAAUUAGUUCAGAUGAUGAAGACGACCAAGGUGUUGCAAAUCAAGAAAUAGCCGCAGCUAACGUUCAACGUCCUGCAGUUGGACUUUCGCGUGGUCUUAAGCAAAAUUGUGUUACACUUGGAGACGCAAGUUAUUCUUGUAUCCAGCCCUUCAUAGAAAAUUACCUGUGUUUGGACUCCUUACCCGGGAUUUCCGAUGAGAAUUGGCAAGAAUGUGAAGUGUUGCACCACCUUUCAAAAAAAUUUAAAGAGCAACAGAAGAAAAAAUGUGAGACCAACACAAUGAAGCUCCCCCAAAAAAGACAGCAGAGAAAAGGACGAUAUAAGAAAGAUGAAAAAUCAGCAACUAAGAACAUGGUAUCAAACAAUGAAAGCAGAGAACCUCAAGCGGAGCAUGAAAGGCAUUGGGAUGGGCUUACGCAGUACUUUGGCAUCAAUGAUAGAUUUCAACCCCCUGCCUGUAGCAAGCCUGCUCCCAAGUCCAGCCUAGAAAAGAGCAUAGAGAGCGCCAUCGCUGAAGGGGACUUUGGGAAGGCGGAGGAGAUGAGCGACAGACUCGCCACUCGAGAGAAAGAGGAGCCGUCACCUGCUCGGCGCCACAGCGCUGACAGUGCCAGUGAUCCAUGAAAUAAGCUGCCGCUGGCUUUGUUCAGAUAAGAAUGAACAAAUCUGCACAAUGUACUGCUCUCGGAAUCUCAUUUUCAUACUUGCAUGCAGGCUAAAAGAAAUAAGCUGUUUGCAGGCUUGAUUAAUCAGACAUUUGAGGGCUUUUUUUUGUCUGUUUGAUCUGUUCUGUCGCCUAGGUAACUUGGUUGACAUUAAUGUUGAGCCCCAGUAAAGACAAUCAGGGAUGUAGACUGCAUUGAUAAAAAAAAAAUGUAAAGACCUUUACCACUUUAACCGCUCAGCGGCUGCAAGAGAAAGAGAAGAGGGGGGAGGGGGUAUGUGAGAGGGUUUUAAUUAUGUCAAAGUGUCAAUGUGUCAGUGUCCUUUUUUUGGGGGGGGGUUAGGAAGGUGUGGUUUCUAGACAUUUUGAAUUUCAAAUGCUCCCCACAGGAGAGCAGGUUAAUGUGGGUAAUCCUUGUGUUACAAAAAAUAUACAUAUCUGGUUGUAAAGCUCAAGGAGCCAUUUAGCAUCUUCCAAUUUCAUUAUAUUUUCUCUCAAAACAGAUGCAUUUUACCCAAUGACUUUAUUUUUAGCAAAUGUGUGAACGCAGGAGAAUUGUCAACAAUUGAAUAAACCUUCAGAUUUAUGAUCCCAGCCUGUGCCACAUCCAAGCAAAAGCAUUUAGCACCUACACCACUUAAACAUGGUGCUCAAAACGCCCUGGUAUUAUCUGCUGGCAAAUCUACUCUCAACAUGAGAAUGAUCACCCAUUGUAACUUUCCCUUUCUCCAGAGUUCUGCCUAGAAAACAUGAUUUUAUAGGCCUUUAAAACCUAUAAAAAAUUGCAAGGAAUUAGAAAACUGUCAUAGUAUGUUAGCUUCAGGUUAUGCAGACGCUUUUACAAAUCUUCCAAGUGACUGUAUAGAUGAAUGCCUUGAGGGCCCAACCGGAGCCCAGUACUUGCAGCCAGCUGAAGCCCUUAUCUUAAAUCCAAGCAAAGUACCAUUAAUCUUUUUGAAAGACCUUUAUGGCUUUUAAUGUAUCCCAAAUUAGAACAUUUUACACCCUUGGUUCCUGAAAUAUGGUGAUAAAAAGCCUUUAGAGUUAAAUGUUUCCUGGCUACUUGCACUGUCCUGCUUAAUCCCAACAUUUAGUCUUUCUAAUAAAGUUUAUCCCACUUAAUUAUAAUUAUAAUUUUUUUAAUUGACUAGCAUGUUUUUGUUGUUGUUGUUGAGAAAUUGUGACACAUUUCUUCACUACCUUUUUCCCCCCUGAUUGUACUCUAUGAAUGUUAGAAAUAAUUACCUAAAGGUUUGGAGAUUUGUUCCAAGUGUGGAGUGACUGAAUGUAGCCUUUUGUUUUCUGUGUGACUGGGGUUAUUGGGAUUAUUCUGCUCAACAAUACAUGCACUUCCUCACUGAUAUUUGAAUAAAAAAUUUUUGCCACUUGCAGUCAUGGUCAUUUAACUUCUGAUUUAAAGAUCUGCACGUUUCAAAUAAAAUGUUGCCUUUUACUGUACAUUCAAACGAUUAAGUAAAUAUUACGAUAGUCAUGGUAAAUGGUUGACUGUCUUAUUUUCGAUUACUGUUCAGAAGUUGAAUGUGUGUUUACUAUGUUUUUUUCUUCACCAACCCACAAUCUAGGUGCCGUCAUUGCAUCAUGGUCAGGGUGAGACAAAACGGGAACCGGAGGCACUCAUGAGAAGCCACCCUGACAUAUCAGUUGGAAGAGCUCUGC